UCAGAAGUGUUGCUCAGCGGUCGGCUCCCCACACACCUUCUAAUCCUUCGCUCCGUGACAGCGACAGGUUGCUCGCUAUGCUUCCAACCAAUACGCGUGUUUAUUGUACUGCGUGUGAUGCCGUGGACGAGCUUCCAGACAACCGAUAGUUCUCUGCGACCCUGACGGGGCGUGCGUUCGCGACCUGCGUGUGGCCCAGUGUGGGAAGACCGGUCUGAGAGUGGAAAAUACGCUAUCUGUCCCCAUGACUGUGUGUGUUUGGUGCCGACCAAGUUGCACACCGUCGGUUCGGCGUCGUUUCGCGUCACAAUCUGCGUUCUGUUGGCGUGAGAUGAAAAGAUAAAGGUAGCGUGUGUGUGCAAACCCGAGCUGCAAGUGUGUAUCGGGUCCCUACCCCUUCUAGAGUUCCCGCGAUGGUGGUGGUGGUGUAGCUACUGAUGCCACUAGUGCGUUGGGAGACAAUUUAGAGUCAAUUUCUGUGCUACCACACCACACAAACCCGAGAGGGGACUGGCUGGCUCGAGUGUGCUAUUGGAGCAGCAGGGGUCGAUUGCGCUGGGACACCUACCGUUGCAUCCAUUCGUUGACGAGACUCGAAGGUGUUCAGUUGAAGUACUUCAGGAGCCAUUCGUUCCAUUCGUGCAGUAUUUAAGUUUUGCCUUAAGUAACUUAUUACUAGUGAUCUUGCUAGUGCUUGCCUGCAGAGUCAACAUGAAGGUGCUAAUCGCUCUAUCGACCGUGCUGUGCGUCGUGCUGGCAAAGGACCAGCCGAGAAAGGCAAUUGUGUUCCUGCAGGGAACGUCCGGUGCCAGUGGCAAUGUAACCAUCUCGCAACCAUCGUGCACCGAGCCAGUGUUCAUUGAGAUCAAUGUCGGUGGUCUCACUCCUGGCAAGCAUGGGUUCCACAUCCACGAGAAGGGAGACCUGACGGACGGAUGUGCCAGCACCGGAGGACACUACAACCCGGACAAGGUCAGCCAUGGUGCCCCGAACGAUCAGGUGCGUCACGUCGGUGAUCUGGGCAACAUUGUGGCGGACGAGAACGGCAUCGCCAAGACGUCGUACUCGGACACGGUGGUGUCGCUGUACGGAGCCCGCAGCGUUCUCGGCCGUGCGAUCGUCAUCCAUGCCGAGGUGGAUGAUCUCGGCAAGACCAACCAUCCGGACUCGCUGAAAACAGGAAAUGCUGGCGGUCGCGUUGCCUGCGGCGUGAUUGGAGUUCUCGAGCCUUUCGACGAGCCGGAUCAGGAAUGCAGCAGUGGUCAGCAGGGGCUUUUGCCGGCCGCUACUGUUACCAUAACGAUUUCACUCUUUGUGGCCCGCCUGAUGGUCCUAUAGGGAGCUCUAACAUUCCUACCUUCCGGAGGGGUGUGUGUGUGUUGGCGAAGGGUGCCUAUUAAUUAAGUUUUUUUUUCGCGAAGAUAAUCUACGAUCGUGUGCGUAGAGAAGAACAACGUCAAUUCCACAAAGACCCAAACGCGUUCGUGUGGACUCGGGUUCAUCGAACUGGUACCACGAUUCCGGUCCGUACUCCGUCUUGCAAGCUUCUAGCGAAGAGAAAACCAUCUUUUCCCGAGGAUUGUUAUAUACGACUGCGAUAUGCAAAAGGAACUAACAAUAGAAAACCUAACCCGGUGUAUAUAGCACACCUCUCGUAAGACGUUGAUUCUAGGAAAGGAAGCUUACUGGACAAAAAAGGAAACAUUCUUUCCUCUGCUAGCAGAGUGUCGCCGUAAGCACUUGUUUGCGUGAAAAGCUUGUUUCUUGCUUGCCUGCGUAACGAUUCCAUUGACAACCUCGACCACCGGCCGCUUCCGUUCGAACACACCUUCGUCUUCGCUGUUAAACUGUUAUUUUUGUUUUGUUCGCUGUUAAGUAUGUUUUAGUGUAAAUAAAGUUGUCCCUAGCUGGCCGAGCAGGACAGAGCCAAUUUCGAA